GAAGAAGAAGAAGAGGAAACUCCCUCUCUCUCUUUCUUUAUAGAAGCAAAUACCCAGAAAGAAAUUAUAAAUAAAAAGUAUUUUUGUUUUUAGAGUCUCUCCUCUCGACUUUUCUAUUUCUUCCUCUGUAAUUUAGAAAACAGAGGAGGAUAAACAGAGUGCUCUGUUUUUGAGUUGCUUGUUAGUGUAAAAAUGGCUUCUCUUGUAUCUUCACAAUUUAUUGUGCCAUCUUCGAAACGAGACCAACUUUCUUCACUAGCUCAAAAACAUAACUUUCUCCAUUCAUUUCUUCCAAAGAAAACCAUCCAAAAAAACUCCAAAUCAGCCUUGAAAGUAAAAUGUAUUGGAAAUGGCCUUUUUACACAAACAACACCAGAAGUUCGAAGAAUUGUCCCUGAGAAGAAUGAGAAUCAAAAUCUCCCCACAGUCAAAAUUGUCUAUGUAGUUCUUGAAGCCCAAUACCAGUCUUCACUUACAGCUGCAGUUCAAGCUUUAAACAAGACUUCCAAAUUUGCGUUAUUUGAAGUGGUGGGUUACUUAGUAGAGGAGCUUAGAGAUGAAUCUACAUACAAAACUUUCUGCAGAGACAUCGAAGAUGCAAAUAUCUUUAUUGGUUCAUUGAUCUUUGUUGAGGAGUUAGCAUUGAAGGUUAAAGAUGCUGUGGAGAAAGAAAGGGACAGACUUGAUGCAGUUCUGGUGUUCCCUUCAAUGCCUGAAGUAAUGAGACUUAACAAAUUGGGUUCUUUUAGUAUGUCACAACUUGGCCAAUCAAAAAGUCCAUUUUUUCAGUUAUUCAAGAGGAAGAAACAAGGGGCAGGUUUUGCUGACAGUAUGUUGAAGUUGGUAAGGACUUUACCUAAGGUUUUGAAGUACUUGCCUAGUGAUAAAGCUCAAGAUGCCAGGCUUUAUAUCUUGAGUUUGCAAUUUUGGCUUGGAGGGUCUCCUGAUAAUUUGCAGAAUUUCUUGAAAAUGAUAUCUGGCUCUUAUGUGCCUGCAUUGAAAGGGAAAAAGAUUGAGUAUUCUGAUCCAGUUUUGUUCUUAGAUAGUGGAAUAUGGCACCCUUUGGCUCCUUGUAUGUAUGAUGACGUUAAGGAGUAUUUGAAUUGGUAUGGAACUAGAAAAGAUGCUAAUGAGAAGCUUAAAGACGCUAAUGCACCAGUUAUCGGGCUGAUUUUACAAAGAAGUCAUAUUGUAACUGGUGAUGAGGGUCACUAUGUUGCUGUGAUUAUGGAGUUGGAGGCAAAAGGUGCUAAAGUGAUACCAAUUUUUGCUGGUGGGCUUGAUUUUUCAGGGCCAGUUGAGAGAUAUUUGAUUGAUCCUGUUACGAAGAAACCUAUGGUGAAUUCAGUUGUGUCAUUGACUGGUUUUGCACUUGUUGGUGGCCCAGCAAGGCAGGACCAUCCUAGAGCUGUUGAGGCAUUGAGUAAGCUUGAUGUGCCUUAUAUUGUCGCCUUGCCUUUGGUGUUUCAAACAACUGAGGAAUGGUUAAACAGUACUCUAGGGCUUCACCCAAUCCAGGUUGCAUUGCAAGUUGCUCUUCCUGAGCUUGAUGGUGGAAUGGAGCCAAUUGUUUUUGCCGGCCGGGACCCAAGAACAGGAAAAUCACAUGCUCUUCACAAGAGGGUGGAGCAGCUUUGCACCAGGGCAAUCAGAUGGGCAGAACUGAAAAGGAAAUCAAAGACCGAGAAGAAGCUGGCAAUCACCGUAUUCAGUUUCCCUCCAGACAAGGGGAAUGUUGGAACAGCAGCCUACCUUAAUGUCUUCUCCUCCAUCUUCUCAGUUCUAAAGGAUCUCAAAAAAGAUGGUUACAAUGUUGAGGGCCUUCCAGAGACUUCAGAAGCCUUAAUUGAAGACAUACUUCAUGAUAAAGAGGCUCAGUUCAGCAGUCCAAACUUAAAUGUUGCUUACAAAAUGGGUGUUCGGGAGUACCAAAGCCUUACUCCCUAUGCAACAGCAUUGGAAGAAAACUGGGGUAAACCUCCCGGGAAUUUGAAUUCUGAUGGUGAGAACCUAUUGGUGUAUGGAAAGCAGUAUGGAAAUGUCUUUAUUGGCGUCCAGCCCACUUUUGGUUAUGAAGGCGAUCCGAUGCGAUUGCUUUUCUCAAAAUCUGCCAGCCCACAUCAUGGGUUUGCUGCUUACUACUCAUUUGUUGAGAAAAUUUUCAAAGCUGAUGCAGUACUGCAUUUUGGAACUCAUGGUUCGCUUGAAUUCAUGCCUGGAAAGCAGGUGGGAAUGAGUGAUGUGUGCUAUCCAGAUUCUCUCAUUGGGAACAUACCUAAUGUCUACUAUUAUGCAGCAAAUAACCCAUCUGAAGCUACAAUAGCAAAACGUCGAAGCUAUGCUAACACUAUUAGCUAUUUGACCCCUCCAGCAGAAAAUGCAGGUCUUUACAAGGGUCUCAAGCAGUUGAGUGAGCUUAUCUCCUCAUACCAGUCCCUUAAAGACACAGGUCGUGGACCUCAAAUUGUGAGCUCCAUAAUUAGCACUGCUAAGCAGUGUAAUCUCGACAAGGAUGUUGAACUUCCAGAUGAGGGAGAGGAGAUCCCUGCUAAAGAGAGAGAUCUUGUGGUUGGAAAGGUAUACUCCAAGAUCAUGGAGAUUGAAUCCCGGCUUUUGCCAUGUGGGCUUCAUGUGAUAGGCGAGCCUCCAUCUGCCAUGGAAGCAGUUGCAACUCUUGUCAACAUUGCUGCACUUGAUCGUCCUGAAGAUGAGAUUUGCUCACUCCCAUCUAUUUUAGCUGAAACUGUUGGACGAGAAAUUGAGGAAGUCUAUAGAGGGAGUGACAAGGGAAUCUUGAAGGAUGUAGAGCUUCUUCGGCAAAUAACUGAGGCAUCACGUGGUGCCAUAACUGCCUUUGUAGAACGAACAACUAACAAGAAGGGCCAAGUUGUAGAUGUUGCUGAUAAGCUCACGACAAUCCUUGGAUUUGGUGUCAAUGAACCUUGGAUUCAGUACUUGUCAAACACAAAAUUUUACCGGGCAGAUAGAGAUAAGCUGAGAACAUUGUUCCAAUUUCUUGGAGAAUGUUUGAAAUUAGUUGUUGCUGAUAAUGAGUUGGGGAGUCUAAAACAAGCUUUGGAGGGCAAAUAUGUUGAGCCAGGUCCUGGUGGUGACCCUAUUAGAAACCCAAAGGUGUUGCCUACAGGAAAGAACAUUCAUGCACUGGACCCACAAGCUAUUCCUACAACAGCAGCAAUGCAAAGUGCAAAAGUAGUGGUGGAUAGAUUAGUUGAGAGGCAGAAGGCUGAUAACGGAGGAAAGUAUCCCGAGACAGUCGCACUUGUGCUGUGGGGAACUGAUAACAUCAAGACUUAUGGUGAAUCUCUGGCUCAGGUCUUAUGGAUGAUUGGAGUGAGGCCAGUUGCUGAUACUUUUGGCAGGGUUAACCGAGUUGAACCCGUAAGUCUUGAAGAGCUUGGAAGGCCUAGGAUUGAUGUUGUUGUGAAUUGCUCGGGAGUUUUCAGGGAUCUCUUCAUAAAUCAGAUGAACCUGCUUGAUCGUGCAGUGAAGAUGGUUGCUGAGCUUGAUGAGCCAGCUGACCAAAACUAUGUCAGGAAGCAUGCUAUAGAACAAGCUGAAACCCUUGGAAUCGACAUUCGAGAAGCUGCAACACGAGUUUUCUCCAAUGCCUCAGGAUCCUACUCCUCAAACAUAAACCUUGCAGUGGAGAAUUCUUCUUGGAAUGAUGAGAAGCAACUUCAGGACAUGUACUUGAGCCGGAAGUCCUUUGCAUUCGAUUGUGAUGCCCCAGGUGCUGGAAUGAUGGAGAAAAGAAAAGUGUUUGAGAUGGCUCUGAGCACAGCGGAUGCCACAUUCCAAAACCUGGAUUCCUCAGAGAUUUCACUCACUGAUGUAAGCCAUUACUUUGAUUCAGACCCAACAAACUUAGUGCAGAACUUAAGGAAGGACAAAAAGAAGCCGAGUGCAUACAUUGCAGACACAACAACAGCUAAUGCUCAGGUCCGCACACUAUCUGAGACUGUCCGGCUUGAUGCACGGACCAAAUUGCUGAACCCUAAGUGGUAUGAAGGUAUGCUGUCUAGCGGGUAUGAAGGUGUUCGUGAAAUUGAGAAGAGGCUGACAAAUACAGUUGGAUGGAGUGCGACUUCUGGCCAAGUCGACAACUGGGUUUAUGAAGAGGCAAACACCACUUUCAUACAAGAUGAAGAAAUGCUUAAUAGAUUGAUGAGCACUAAUCCAAAUUCAUUUAGGAAGUUAGUGCAGACAUUCUUAGAGGCCAAUGGCCGUGGUUACUGGGAAACAACACAGGAAAAUAUUGAGAGGUUGAGACAGCUCUACUCAGAAGUUGAAGACAAGAUUGAAGGAAUUGAUAGGUAAAUAGGUAAACGAAAUGCUAUAGAGUUGAGUUGAAAUAUCAAUUCAAAUGAUCCAAUCUGAUGAGUCUGAAGUUGCUUCUCUUCAUGCUAGUAAUUGAAUGGACGCAAUUUCCUGGAACACUUGAAAUGUAAAAUUUGUUUAUAAAAGUCCAUGAUGUAAUUUAAUCCCCGUGACAAGGGAGUUGCCUACUGUUUAAAUAUCAAGAGGAAAAUCUUCACUUGAUUCCUGACAAUUAUGCAACUCCUUAUCAACUAUAAGAAAUAUUACUUCAGCUGAUUUGUUAUUAUC